AGGCACUCAUAAUCCGUUUGGGGAGCCUCUAGUCUUUUUGAGGGAACGGAGACGCUCUUGCUCUUAGACUAACUAAAUGGACAACUAGAGACAGAUUAGAUCUCGCAGGCUCGCUCCGUGGCUCGUCUUCCUCCUCGCGCCAGCACCGCCACUGCUGCCGAGCGCCCCAGCCCCCUGGCUCGUCUUACUCCACCGCAGUGCAGAGGAGGCCCGCUUCGUUUUGGUUCUUCGUGACGCAGUACAGCCGAAGAAAUGUCGGGAGGUAGGCAAUCAUACUGGUGCUUCCAGUGUAGACAGCGGGUUAGGCCUCGUGGCCGGGAGAUGGAGUGUCCCUACUGUGAUUCUGGUUUUGUGGCUGAAAUGGAUGAUGUGGAUGCUGUCAUGAGCCAAUUUGUUGGGAUGGAUACUGAUUUCCAUCGCGAUCCAAGGUUCGGGAUCAUGGAGGCAAUGUCUGCCGUGAUGCGACAUGGUAUGGGUGGGAUGAAUCGAGAUGUGGAUGUAAGAGGAAGGCCAAGCAUAUUAACUGACCUGGAGAUGGAGUUUGGCUCAGGGCCAUGGUUGCUCUUCCGUGGUCAGCUCCCCGGUCAUCUCUCAGAGGACAAUGGUUUCGAUGUGAUUGUCAAUGGACGCCGUGGUGUUGGCAUGCGGAGGGCAAACAUUGCAGAUUACUUUGUUGGACCUGGAUUGGAUGAUCUAAUUGAGCAGUUGACUCAUAAUGAUCGUCGAGGGCCACCACCUGCCUCUCAGUCCUCGAUUGAUGCCAUGCCUACUGUUAAGAUCACACCGAGGCAUCUCACUGGCGACUCGCACUGCCCGGUCUGCAAGGACAAAUUUGAGCUGGGAUCAGAAGCAAGAGAGAUGCCAUGCAAGCAUCUAUAUCACUCUGAUUGCAUACUUCCUUGGCUAGAGCAACACAAUUCCUGCCCUGUUUGCCGAUAUGAGCUGCCAACACAGGGCUCUACUGGCGCUAGCUGCUCGCGAUCAAGAUCAACCAACCAAAAUCACAAUUCAAGUAGUUCAAGUAACAGUGGGAGAGCCGGUGUGCGUCAGAGGAGAAGGAACCCUUUCUCGUUCCUGUGGCCUUUCCGCUCAUCAAGUUCAAGCUCUAGUUCUCGUUAGAUUAGUUUGGCUACCUGGUUGGAGUUCACAAUAUGGUUUCAUUGAAGAUGCUGAUCAAAUGGGCUUUAUGUGUAGCAUCUUAUGCCCAAUAUGUACUGUAUGGCUUGUUAUAGUUGCCACAAAAUGGAUUUCCUUGCAAGUAUAUUCUGUCAGUUUCAUAGCAGCUGUUUGCUUUUGUGCAAGUUGAUAUCAACUUUUUUGGUAAGAGGUCGGUUAUUUGUUUU